CGCCGGCAAGGUGCUGGCUUCCAAGAAGGUUCCCGGAGGCCCGCUCCACUGCUGUCUGCCUCCAGUUAAGCGUCACCGCCAACCAGCUCUCGAAACUCUCGCAUCUUGAACGGGUCCCUCCCCGAUCUUCUCCGUAUCUGAUUGUUGACGCUGGCUCCGUAUCGAGUCUGCCUUGGGGUGCCGGUUCUCACGCAUUCCCCCCUCCUCACCUCACUCCUGUCUUUUACAUCCACUAGGCCGCCACCCUGAACCAUGGAUGCGAAGGCCGGCCUGCCUCGACAGCACCCUCCCGCCUAAGUGACGCCCCUCGACUACCUAUCCUCGGCUGCCGCAUCUCAAUCACACCUAUAUACAUUCGCAGCCUCGCCUUGCGGCAACCUACCUCUUUACGUUUCGAGCUCGAAACGGCGCUGGCACCCAUGUGAAGCCUUGCCCGAACUGCUCUCAUCCCCAUCCCUAGCCGCAGAAAUGCAUCAACAAUCCCGCCAUCCGCCACGGGUCUCGUCCCCUGCAUCGUCGCCCCAGACAAACCCCACACGGACAAACAACCCGAGGAAUCGAGUCCGCGCCGCCAUUGAUACCACGAGCCAAGAUGGGGGAUCGGAGAGCGCCGAGAGCUUUGCCUCCGUCCCGAGCAAGGAGUCCAUCAGGAAACUGGACCAGAUCAUCCAGAACUUCUAUAACAAGGCAGCCGUCGUGAUUCUGCAGUCCCGGCUCAACACAACGCCGGUGGGCGGGAAGAGGUCGGACGGGAAAAAAACGAACCACUGGUUCUCACUCGACACGGACGACAUUGAAGAUUUUCGAGACGAGCUCCGGGUGUACAAGCAGUCGGGCAGUUUCGAAAACCGCCCACCACCGCUCAUCAUCGAGACGUACAUUGACGCUUCCAAACUUUCCAGCAGCCAGAGCCUAGUCCUCAUAGACGACGGCAACAAGAGGUGGGACGUGAUGGAAGCAUUGAACUCCUCAGAGUCAUCCGACGACAGCCCCAGAAAACGCCAUGCCUCGAAGCGCAACACCGAGGUGAUUCUGGAACGGUGGAGGCUCGAGCUUAAAUGUCUCCCGGAUGCCGGUCGAGAAGAGUUUGGCCCCAUCCUACCGACCGUCUACAAAAGAAGCAUCGUCUUCUUCCGUGCCCUGUUCAUGACGACACGCGUCAUGCCAUGCUGGAAGUACUCCCAGCAGGCGUUAGGCAAGGGCAUAAAUCCGGCCCUGGAAGUCAAGUGCAGGAUCUUGACUGUCGAGCCCGAGUACACCACAUACGACCCCCUGCGGCUGCCCUUACACGACGGGAGGGAUCACGUCACAGAAUACGUUUUCACGGAUCUGGAGGUGCCUGUCGGCCGCUUCUACGCCUCGGUGACAUACCGCAACGACUGCAACUUUCGGGUAGAUGACGCAGAGUCGCUGCUUAGUUCCCGGUUUAUGGGAUUCGACGAGAACUAUUUCCGACCGUCUGUACCCCAGAGACGAGAGCAAGGUCGGUCCGAUUCGUUUGCAGAACCGGGCUCGCUGCCAUCUCAGCGGCAGGACCGCGGAGUGCAGGGCCCACAGCAGACUUAUGGCAGUCUGUCGACGUUCCAUGGCGCAGGGGCAUUAGGGACCAGCCCCAUUACCGCUUUACGGUCAGUGCGACCAGUUGGAUCAGACUCGAGCUCGCCGUCGGGUUCGAUGUCAGCAAGCAUCGAACAAUCUGACCCUCCACACUCGUUACCGAUCCGCGGCGCUGCAGGCAGACCCCCUGUGAGACCCUACGAUGCAGCGAGCAGGCGACCGUCAGUUUCGUUCCAGCCGUUCAAAGCUGGCUCGCUCUCGGGUUCUCCCAGGAUACCCGAUAUGGAAGCGCCGUCGUCUCCCCAAUCUCUCACCCGUCCCGGCCUCGCUGGGCCCUCGCGGACUGGAAACCGCUCGUCACUCACUAUCGGAAUGGCAGCUUCAUUACGAGGCGGACCUUCCGCUCCGCAAGAAGUGCCUUCCCUCUCGGCAUCUCCGAGGCCGACUGGGCGCUACAGCAGCAGUUUCACUCAUCGCCGGGGGCGUCCGUCGUUCGGUGGGCAGAGCAAAGGCGACGAUGACCAGGCCAGCAGCGGAAAGCAGAGCCUUUCUUCGUCGGCUCAGCCGGGCUCAGGCCUGCUCACUGAGGCCGGUGGAGUGGCCAGUUCUGGUUCAUUCGCAGCGGACGAUGACAACAUCUCAGAGUUCUUGAAAGCCCUCGACAGCAGGAAAACGCUCAAGAGCUUUGAGCCCAACAAGAAGGGCGAGUCACUCGCCUCCAAGCGCACAGCUGCCCAGCUCUCCAAGUUUCAGUCGAUGCGCGAGACCAACAACGUUCUGACCGAUUCCAUGACCUCCUCCAUCCACCUUCAGCGAUCGUCAAGUUCCUCCAGCCGCCAACUAACCAACGUUCCAAGCAUGGUGAAUCCGGCCUCCAUGUCGGUCUCGUCGUCCCCCGGCAAACCCCUCUCCCCGCACACGCCUCAUACCCCCGCCAUACCCUCACGCCUCAGCGAGAACUCCAUAAUCGACUACCAAGCCCAAGACCAAGCAGCCACCGCCCGCCGCCAUGGCGGAGCCAACCCCAAUAUACCCGUUCCCGGCGAGGAAAGCGAGAUCGCCGAGGAAGAAGACGACGAGGACGAGACGCCUAUGGUCACCCAGCAAGACGCCGCCGGCAGGUCCAGCCCGACAACAGCCACCACUGGCAACACCACCACCAAUACGGCCACGACCGCAACAGCCAUCGACAUCCCGCUCUCUCCGCGCCUCCUCCUUCACGGCAGCGGCCCCAACCGCCGGGCGAGCUCGGUCGCGCACCAGCACCAGCAGCAUCACGUCGUGGCAGGCGAGGCGGUGGAUGUGUAUCAGCGCAGUGCGAGCGUGGAAGGGGUGAGUGCGGACGGCAGGGAGGUGCCGAGUCUGAGCUCCCUGCUUGCGUACCAGCGUGAGGGCGGUCUUGGGGGCCGGGCCGGGUCGAAUACCUCCACUGCACCGUCGGAGGGUGGAGUUCGGGACGGGCGGGGUAGAGGCGAUGAUAUUAUCGGUGGCGGUUCCAGGGUUGUUGGGCGGGGCGGUGGUGGCAGUGGAAGUGGGAUGGGGCUGGUUGGUGGUCGGGGUUCGGUCGGUGGUGGUGGCGGUAGCAGCAGCAGGGGACUGGGCGUAGGGAGGUAUGCUUCUCCUUCUGUCUCUGCUUCUGCUUCUGCCUCGGGAAAAGGUGGUAGGCCGGGGUCCUUUUCGUCGGUCACGACGGGCAGGGGAGCGAGAUAUGCCGGGAGUGUGGAGGGGGCGGAUGAAGAGCCGCUUGUGUUUGCCAUGAGUGAGUUGGAGAGGGAAUCGAGGAGGAGUCUGGAUGAAGGGGGACAGCAGCCUGGUGGGAGUGGAAGUGGGCAAGGUGGCACUGGUGCUGGUGGAGGGAAGUUUGAGCCCCGCGGAAUACAACGGAAAGGGUGGUGAAAUGGUGAGGGAUUGGGGUCUGGUUAGGAUUCGGCUUUCUUGGUUCUGCUCUGCGGCUGUAUAUGGGCUUGAAAGUUGCAGAAGGUUGGGUUCGGUUUGGAGCUUGCUCUACCUGGCCUUGAUUCACUUUGGAUGCAACUUUCCCUGCAUUUUACUCAAAGACUGUUAUUGUUGGGUGAGAGCUGCUUUGGUCUGGUGGCCUCGGGAUCGAGUUGCGUUGGCUUAGAAACACGUGCAAUGCAUGGGUUGCGGGCUUGGUUUGAAGGAACGGGAAUGGAAUCGGAGCUGGACUGGGUGCUUUGGUUGCACCGGUUUCGGUGGAUGCUUUUGUGCAUACGGGGGCAUCCUGGGCGUCGUUCAGGUGCUUUUGCCUAUAGGUAGCGAUAGGAUAUAUGGUUUUUAGUACCUCGCUGUGCCUGUGUCGCGAUCGGGCUAGAUUACACUGCAUGAAAGAUGGUCUGAG